GACCACCUGGAGACAUAAAUUGCUUAGGGCAGGAAGGUAGCCUCCUCUUCAGUUGAUUCCUUCCGCUUGGAGAGGCUAUCUCCAAAUCUGCAUUUAUUCUCCGACAAAAAUGAUGCUGGAGCUUGCCAAAACAAUCCCAAGGAAGUGAAAGGCUGGGGAGCGAAACGAGCACUUCCCGGCGAGGCGUGUUACAGCGUUGAGCGUCAACUUUAGUUCCUGUCUGCUAAGCUUGAGUGCUAGAAAGGAAAGAUGAAACAUACCGACACAGAAGAGCACGUCGGUUAGCAAAGAUAAAGGGGCUGCCGUUUGUAUCCCGGAGGGCUAGAUCCACGUUGGCUGGCUCCUUCGUCCUUUGAGGCUGGGCUGAGCUAGGCUGGGCUGGGCUGAACUACACUCGCCUCUCUCCCCCUUGCGUACUCGCAUCUCCAGCUUUUCUGCACUGGUUGGGCGGGUGUUGCGUCUUCUUGCCUCUGCGCCUCCGGCUCCCGGUGGGGCGCGAGGGGAAACCAGGUCAUCAACGCCGAGACAGAAAAACCGGCUUGGGAAGUGGGACUGAUUUAGGUGCUUCUGCUGGCCAUCAGGCUGGGAGGUCGAAAAGGAAACGGAGGAGUCUCUCCCACACCUCACUUCACGCGUACGGGCACCUUACUAACAAGCACCGAUUAGGGAAGAAAACAGGCCGGAGCGGCAGCAACGACAACCCUUGAUCCCGGCUGCGGAGUUGUUUUCGAUUCUAACAAAAGAAGAUCUGUGAUCCUUGCAUCUGCACUUAUAUUUGAAACAAAUAUGGUUUCUGUCAUCCUGCUGAUUCUUGUCUCUAGGGCAAAUUUUAAGUAUGCAAGCAGUUCUUCUGCUUCAAUUUUCUGAUUCAAUUUGCUUGCCAAUGAAUACCAUCAUGUGGGUACAAGGUGCCUAAGAAACAGCAUUUAAAAAAAGAAAAGAAUGUGUUAAGAGUUUAAUGCUGCAAGUGACACUGGAGAAGGAGAAUAAUAAUAAUGACUACUUUCUUUUGACUCCCAGCAGCAUGUCAGGGUACAUACCCAGUUAUUUAGACAAGGAUGAGUUAUGUGUUGUUUGUGGUGACAAGGCAACUGGAUAUCACUAUCGCUGUAUCACUUGUGAAGGUUGCAAGGGUUUUUUCCGAAGAACAAUUCAAAAAAAUCUUCAUCCAACUUACUCCUGUAAAUAUGAAGGAAAAUGUGUGAUAGACAAAGUCACAAGAAACCAGUGCCAGGAAUGCCGCUUCAAGAAAUGCAUCUAUGUUGGCAUGGCAACAGAUUUGGUGUUGGAUGACAGCAAACGACUAGCAAAAAGAAAACUGAUUGAGGAAAAUCGGGAGAAAAGACGUCGAGAAGAAUUACAAAAAACAAUAGGAGUGAAACCAGAACCAACUGAUGAAGAAUGGGAGUUUAUUAAAAUUGUUACAGAAGCACAUGUGGCCACAAAUGCACAAGGAAGUCACUGGAAACAGAAAAGGAAAUUUUUGCCAGAGGAUAUUGGACAAGCACCAAUAGUAAAUGCCCCAGAAGGUGGGAAAGUAGAUUUAGAAGCUUUCAGCCAGUUUACAAAAAUUAUCACACCAGCAAUCACAAGAGUGGUGGAUUUUGCCAAAAAGUUGCCUAUGUUCUGUGAGCUGCCAUGUGAAGAUCAAAUUAUACUUCUGAAAGGUUGUUGCAUGGAGAUCAUGUCCCUCAGAGCAGCAGUGCGCUACGACCCAGAAAGUGAGACCUUAACACUAAACGGAGAAAUGGCAGUAACAAGAGGCCAGUUGAAAAAUGGGGGUCUUGGUGUAGUAUCAGAUGCCAUUUUUGACUUGGGUAUGUCACUAUCAUCAUUCAACCUUGAUGACACGGAAGUUGCUCUUCUUCAGGCUGUACUGCUGAUGUCUUCAGAUCGUCCAGGUCUUGUCAGCAUUGAAAGAAUAGAAAAGUGUCAAGAAAGCUUCCUCUUGGCGUUUGAACACUAUAUUAAUUACAGAAAGCACCAUAUUGCACACUUUUGGCCAAAACUGCUGAUGAAAGUGACAGACCUACGGAUGAUUGGAGCCUGCCAUGCUAGCCGCUUCCUGCACAUGAAGGUGGAAUGCCCUACAGAACUCUUUCCUCCUUUGUUCUUGGAAGUGUUUGAGGAUUAAAAAGACUGGAAAGAUUCUCAGAGAUUCUAUAGCACUACUGGGUGUCAUUUCAUUCCAUUGCCUAGUUUUUUCUUCUUACUUUUGGUCCAUUCCCAUUUUGUACCACCUCCUUUGGAGGAUUAUUUUUAAUAGGCAUGAACGAAUGAAGAUAUCCCUUCAAUGCGGGUACUUGUCACAAUUGCGUUUUUUGUGUGUCCAUUACUCCUUUCGAUGUGAAUCCUUUGAGAGUUUAACCUCAAGAAUUUUAAGUUUAUUCACCAGCACUCAGGCGACCCAUGUUUAUAAUUGUUUGGAGAGAUAUGGGUAUAAAUAUAUAAAUAUAAAUAAAUUGAGGAAGCAAGAAAAUGGAUAAAUAAAUCCUGCCAUAUUUUAUACAGUAUUAACUCACUUUCUGCACAUGAGACUUCUGAUGAGGAAUUCAGAACAAUCUAGCAAGUGUUAAUCUUGCUGAAGAUCAAAUGCAAUCAGUUGCAGUUAUGUACAAAUAUAUAUCUGAAUAUAUUAUUCAGAUAUAUUGAGUUCACUGCAGUGUGCUCCCAGAUUGCAACUUUAGCUACAUCUAAUUUCACCUUGCCAUGCUUAAGAAUAGUUUUAUCCAAGUAAAACUUCCCACAAUAAUCAUAAUUUCAUCAUCAUUUUCAGAUUGUUAUGAGUAUUUUAGAAAUUCAAUUGCAGGUAAUCCUCACUUAAUGGCUGCCCUGUUUAGCAAGUGUGCAAUUAUAGUGACACUGAAAAAGUAACUUUAUGAUUGAUCCUUGCACUUAUGACCAUUGCAGCAUCCCCACGGUUAUGUAAUUGACAUUUGAGUGCUUUACAAUGAACAUAGAAUUCUAUAGUCACAUGAUUGCUAUUUGUGCAUUUCAAGCCAGCUUCCAUCAAGCAGAGCUAAUGAAAAAGCCAGCAUUAAAAUCAUAAGUUGCAGUCCCUGAAUAUCUCACUUUAAUGGGUAAUUUGCUUAGGAGCAUGAGUGACAUCUUAAAUCCAGCCCAAUCAUAUGAUGUUUUGCUUAACCACCCUGCCAAUCCGAAUUGUGGUUGUUUAGUGAGGACUAUCUUUAUAAAAAGCUCCAGAAUGUAGAGAAUCCUAUUCCCCCCACCAGGUAAACAUAGCUUCUCAUUUCCUCUUAUUCAGUCCAUAAGCAAAAAUACAGGAAAAAAUAAGUACAUUUAAAAUUUCCUCAGAGCCAAGGCCCUUGCUGUCUUUUUUCCUUAAUGGUAAUUUGGAAACAUUAGAGUCAUUGUUGACUCUAUUUCUCCCUCUUGCCCAAAAUUAUUUUGAGUCAAUAGCAAGACAAGUUAUUCGCUACCCUGCCAUUUAUGUUUUUAAAUAUUCACAUAAUGACUUUAAGGGAUUCCAUGAUUUUGUCCCUUCGAGUGCAUGUAAUUCCUAAACCAUAAAAAUAUGUGCAAUGAAUUCUUUCCAAUUUAAUAUGAUACAUAAGAAAGGUUUUCUAUGUCUUUCCCUCAUAACUCAACAACAAUUAAUUCCAAUUGUCUGUAAUAAACCUUUCCAAUCUGUUCUAUAUAGUCAUAAUAAUCUUUUUUCUACCUGUAUACUGUCACUCUUCCAGUGACUGUAAAUCAGUAACUUGAAUCCCAGGAUUUGUGAAUCUCAUUUUAUACAGCCAAGGGAUAUAGGCCUUUAACUUUUUGUGAACAAAGUGUCACGUGCUAUGACAUAGAAAUCCGUUUCAAGAAAAAAGAUUUGACAGAAUGUAAAUUGUUACGUACACUCAAGCUUUUAAAUCUUAUUCCAAACGAAUAGCUGAAAUUCUAGAUUUCAAAUCAUUUUGUCCUCUUUAGUAAUGUUUGCACUCAGGUAGACUAUCACUGUGGACAACAUUUGAAUUAUAAUAUUGUUUUCAACCAUGGUUAAUUCUAUUGACAGCAGAAGUCUUUUCGAUGUAUUGUAUUUAAGUUAUUUUCAAUGGCUUAAAUACACUUGAUUUACAAUUUACAAAUGGUAGUCCUUUCAAUUCAUAUGAAUUGGAGAGAAGAAAUGCUUCUUAAUGGCAGGUUGACUUCAGUGUUUUAGUUUUUACUAAACAAAUGUUGAUAUUCCAGAUUGGUUUCUGUAAAACAUUUUUGAUUCUAAAGCAACCUAAAUCAAUACUUCAGUGAGUUUGCCUUAUCAAGAAUUGUUUUUCCCCCUGGAUUAUAUCUUCUAUGGAAGGGGUCCCCAAUCUGUGAGCCACAGCCCACUACCAAGCUGUGGCCUAUUCACAACUGGGCUGUGUGAGUGGUGGGCCAGUGCAUGUGUGUAAUCCAACUCAUGCGAAGGGCAGGUGCAAGCACUCACAGCCCCACUCACAUGAGUGGUGGACACUUCUGCUCACAUCCUCACUUGGACAAGUGCCGGGCACCAGGGCUUGCAGCUCCACAUGCGUGAGCUCCACACAAAUGAAGCUGUGUUGCAUGCACGCAUGCUCCUGCCCCUCGCACCAUCCCCUCUUCCCUCAUUCUCCCAUGCUGAAAAGAUUGGGGAAUGCUGUUCUCUUGGGCUUCAUGGGCAAGAAAUUAAUCAUGUUCAUAUGAUAGGUAUGUCUACAGAAUAGGCAUAUAAGGAUGUUGUCAUAGGAGAUAUUUUUAUAGACUAUGCAGUUUCUUUUCUUGUACAAAUUUCUGAUAAUGUAAACAUUUGCAUAAUGUCAGAGUUGACUACUAGCUUAAGAUCUCUAAAAAUGAUUAUCCAAAAAUAUAGUUGAAUCAACUUGAACUUUUUUUCCAAAAUGAUCACAUUUGCCUAGUCAAAAUAUCUGUGAAGAAUUUUGGUGGCAACCAACCCAUUUGGUAAGAAAAAAAAUGAAAAUGUACCAUUUUAUAUGUUGUUUUCUCUUCAAUUCUACCUUCUCAGAAUUUGGAGGUGUCCAGAAGACUGGAUGUUUUCAUCAAAAUAAUGAUAGCAUUGCACUAUUGCGUUUCAAACUUUAGUUCUUUUCACACAUGUGUGCUAUGUCAUGACAUGUGAAAUAAGAGGUGGAGCUUAUGGUGGAAUGCUGAUUUUAUCCCAUGACCUCCUUCACAGAAGCUUUCGUUGCAACCUAGUUCCUUUUAGGUGCAUUGUGAGUUGAACUCCCAAAGUUGCUAGUGAACAUGCCAGAAGAUCACAAAGUUGCAAAAGUAUAGAUAUGCCCUAGAUCUCAGUUUCCUAUACCAUUUUUAUUUUUAAAUCUCCAUCUCUUUUUUGCUUUGCUAUAGAAAAGGGCAUGAUGUGCAUAUCUGUUUUUAACUUUAUAGGUAAGAUUAUAUUCUAGCUGAAAACAAAUACUAUUUUGAAAAUCUUUUAAGUAUUGCUAUUCAUCUUCCCUACCCCAAAAAUUAAUAUUAAUGUUUACUUCCACAUAAACAUGUCAAAGAUCAUAACCUAAAAGAAAAGGGGCAUCCAGUAAUGAUUAUAGGACCCCACUUAACCUUUGGCCUUAAGUCCCCGGUGGAAAUGUUGAGAUUGUCUUCAAAGUAAAGUAAUAAAUGGAAUCUAGGGUUAUUUUCAGAAAACUAUAAUAUGCUAUGUAUAAAACAUAUAACAAGCUAAGAUCACAAUCUAAUGAAUGCUAUGUUUCGAUUUGCAUUAGCUCUUUAUGAUGUGGUAUUCUAAAGCUUAGCCUACAUUUAAACAUAAAUACAUGAAAUUGGCUCAUAUUUGGUUUUUAAUGUGCUUUGUGCUAUUCAGAGUGUAACAAUCCAUUUGGAUGACAAUCCCAGUGACCAUUUGUCAGAAUUCAAGAGCUGCAUUUUGAUUUCUAGAAGCUUAAUUUCUCAACAUCAAUGGAUAUCCCAAACCGCAGGAUUUCAGUUGUUUUUCUUUUUUCAUGUGUAAGUGUGCUCAUGUUAUAAUGGUUUCUAUUUUUAGGCACACCAGAGAAACAUAAUAUUUUAAGUUAUUAGAAUGAUACCUCAGGUUCUUUUUGACAAAUAAAGUGGUCCCAGUCCUGCAACCACUGGUAUAAGAUUUUAAGAAACAUCUGGCAGCAUAUUUAGCUUUCAUAAUGAUUAGUAGGAGUGGUAAAUUGUACAUCCAUUUAUUCUCUGUUGGGAGAUGUUUUGACUGACUACAAAACAUCUGAAUUUUUGACUAUGCAGCUUUAAUUCUGAUUGUUUAUGCUGGCCCAUGCUGUUCAAGUUUGUUUUCUGCUGUAGGUAUAGUAUCAAGUGAAGCAUUCUACAAAAUAUUAUUUCCCUUUUUAAAAAUAGUUGUUAGCUUAAUGUGUCCUGCUCUAAGUGAUAGGUAUUUAACCUGAUGUGGGUUUGUUGUUGCAACUGAGUUCUGUAGUGUUUUUAAAUUGGGAGAAAGGAUAGUGAUGGACUCUACAGUGACUUAGCCAUUUUAAAAUCAACAGCACUGUGCCAAAAUAUAGGUGUCAGAAUCAGACACUUAACAUUUGUAAUUUAUCUUUAAUGUGCUGCAGUGGAUUUAAAAAGGCAAUGCAAAAGGAAAAUAGUUGAUUUGUGGAAGGAAAUCCACCACCCAUGCAGCUCUAUAGACCACAAGAGGAGACAUUGUUGUUAGUUAUACAGUAAUCUUAAAAUGUAGAUAUCAUAUUGAUAUGACACAAAUUGUCAGUAACAUCAUUCUUAAGGUUUUAAAUCUUAAUGCUUUUCAGAUGGAGUCAAUAUUUUUUGUAGGAUUAGGCUUUUAUAACCUUUAUUCUCUGCUGGAAAUUAGAAUUAAAACCUGCGAGACUCAUUCAGUUCUUGCUUUAUUAGAAAACAUGUGCAGUCCAUAGGACUUUUUUUAAAAAAAAUGAAUAAAAUGGGCAAGUCACUAUCAACCAUUUGUGCCAGAACAAGUUUCUGCCUCAUUUUGAUAGUUAAGAAAAAUGUUGAUAAAGUUAUGCACUCAUUCAUGAUCUACUAAGAAAUAUGUCUUUGCUUGUCUUUUUGCAGCUUUGAAAUAGCAAGACAUACAGGAGACAUUUUGCUACAUUCUCUUGUAAUUUCUGCUAAUAGUUUAAUUUAUCAUAAAUUUCCUCAUGAUAUUAGGUUGAUAUGACCCUUAUAUAAAAGUUUAUAGAAACAUCAUAUCCUAGAUAGGAGAGAUUUAUUUUCCUCAAACAAAAACAAGAACUAAUUAAAAAUAAAAUAGACUUUCUUUUUAAAACAUACAAGCAUAAAUAUAGAUUGCUACAAUUUAAAAAAAGAUUUGGCCUUUCACUAAGUUUUUACUGUGUUGUAUAAGUGCUAUCAAAUGCAGAGUCUGCCUUGCUUCUGUGUACUAAUCCUCAAUCAAUUAUGUUGCCUUCAGAAGCAGUAUUGUGCAGGUAAAAAGCUGUUUGUAACUAUCUGUUUUGCACAGUUUAACUUGAUAAUGCUAUUGUUAUUUAUGCACAAGACAAUCAAAUGUAAAUCUACAUCCAUGUAGAUGGAAUUGAUGUAAAUUAUUGAGCACAAUGUAAAACAUUAAGACAUUUUUAUUUUGCAACUGAAAUUAUAAAAGUGAGAAAUAAGAUCAUACCAUGGAUUGGAAAAAAAACAUUUAAUGUUUUAAAUUAUUUUUUCCUUAAGUCAAUUAUUUUGGAAUUCCACAAAAUGAUGUUUUGUUUCUUUUCAUUUUAUUAAGAUGGAUGCUGCUGAGCUUUGGAUUAGCCUUGUUAUGGUUUGGAUUUCUUCAGACUAAAUUGAGUACAGAUUUAUUAGAAAGGCUGAAGAUUCUGGGAUAAAAUUUAAGUUUUUUGUUUGUUUUGUUCUUUCCCCUCCCCCUUUCAAACAGUGUUAAAUAUAUGCUAGAUGGGUAAUAUUUUUUCAGCCUAAAAACUAUAUUAAAUAUGUGAUCAUAAAUGUUUUAAACUACCUGAAGAGAAAUUUGUAUAUUUGGGAAAAGAAUAUAAUUUUUACAUAGCUUUUGUAUGCAGAUAUUAAUAUGCAAUUAUGACUAUAGUGAGCAUAGAUUAUUAUGUAAGCUUGAAUUCUAAAAACAAACAUCUUACAACUGA